AUGUCCAAAGAACAAAAAAUAGAGGAUGAGAUUUUUUCGAAAGAAGAUUUCCCUAAAAUGUAUUUGACGUCCCCAAUUGUUGAUGCUUUUAGACCUGAAUUAGAAAAGCUUUAUCAGAAGAAAAGAUCAAAUAAGAACUUUGAAGGGAAGUCAAUGAAUUUUUUUACACAAAAGUUUAUGAGAUUAUAUUUUUAUCAAGGUUUAGACCAGCCAGAUAGACUUCUAGUACAUAUAGCUUUUUGCCUUGAGUGGCGCGGUACGGGCGCCACUUCGGCAAGCUCCUUCUUCCAGUUGGCCGAGCCAACUCAGGUUGGUUCGACCAACUGGAGAGAAUUGACAAGUGAGGCCUUUUGGGGAGACUUGUCAAUUCUAGUUGGCCGAACCAACCUGAGUUGGCUCGGCCAACUGGAAGAAGGAGCUUGCCGAAGUGGCGCCCGUACCGCGCCACUCAAGGCAAAAAAGUAUACUGAGCUAUUGGAGUUCAAAAAUAAGCAAUUUCAUACAGUUGCAGCCUCAGUUUCAGCUGUGAUUAUCACUUAUAUCACCCUAGGAACUACCGUCAGAUAUUCCAGAUUUUCUGCACUCAGAUGAGCUGCAUCUUUAGGGGUUGGCUACUUGGUAUGGCGUUCCUUCAAAACUCACGCAUUAAAUAAAAUUGAAAAAGGUACUGGGCAUCUCUAUGAAAAGUACUCACUCCCACUUUAAAUUGGAAUAGAUCAUAGGUGCUUUAACUCUCUAUGAAUUGGAGCAUAUUUUUUUAAAUAGAUUUUAUAGGUAAAAAGGUUAAUUUUUAUAAAAUUAAUCUUAAUCUGAUUAAACGGAAAAGUUCAAUUAGAAUAUUAUUUAAACUGAAAUCACGAUUGAAUCGAUAACUUUAUUGAAUUAAUUCUUAUGAAAAACAGUUUAAAAUUUAUAUUUUAAAAAAAAAGAAUUAACAACCUUUAAAUUGGAACAGGAAAUUUUGUUCCAAUUAAAGAGGGAGAGUUAAUAAAAUAG